AUCAAAAUCAUACAUUUAUUUUUAUUGAAUAAAAUGGACAAAUCUGAAAAAAUCGCAUACGCUUCAGUUUUGUCUCUUCUUUCUCUUUCUCUUCUUCUUCUCAUAAUCUUUCUCUUCUUAUUAUGCAGAAAAAAACCAAACCGGUCCGACGACGAAUCUCUUCUUCCAGAAACCAAACCGGCCGGUCUUGCUUAUCCGUUAACCGAAUUAGAUUCAGCAACCGACGGAUUCAACCAGCGACGAAUCAUCGGUUCUGGUCGGUUAGGAACGGUUUACGCUGCUAUUAUUCCAGAUCAUAAAAACCUCGUCGCGGUUAAAAGAAUACACCCCGGUUUAGUUUUGAGUAAACCGGGUUUCGGUUUUUCCACGGUUAUUAAAUCGCUUUCUUCUUCUCAUCAUCCAAACGUCGUUUCAAUCUUAGGAUUCUCAGAAGCUCCCGGAGAAAGAAUCGUAGUUACAGAAUUCGUCGGAGAAGGAAAAAGCUUGAGUGAUCACUUACACGAAGAAUCAGCGGUUGCGGUUGAAUUUGGUUGGAAAACGCGUUUUAAAAUCGCGGCGGGAGCAGCGAGAGGAUUGGAGUAUCUACACGAAAUCGCAAACCCUAGAAUCGUUCACGGUCGAUUUACGUCAUCGAAUAUAUUGAUAGACGAGAAAUCAACGGCUAAGAUUUGCGAUUACGGAUUUGGGUUUUUGAUUCCGAUUGAAAAAUCUGGGAUUUUUGGGUAUAUAGAAGAAGGUUAUUGCAAAGAAAGUGAUGUGUAUGGAUACGGCGUCGUUUUAAUGGAGAUUUUGAGUGGAAGAAGAAGUGAAAAUGGAUUGAUUGUGAAAUGGGCAACACCAUUGAUUAAAGAACAGAGAUUUGGUGAGUUUUUAGAUCCGAGGAUUGUUGUUCAAAGUGAGAUUAAGAGUUUGGUAAUAAGAUUAGCGAAGGUUGCUUUGGCUUGUGUCGGGAAUUCACGGAGGAGUCGGCCGUCGAUUUCUGAAGUGGCGGCGAUUUUGAAUAGUUUGGAGAUGGAAGGAGGGUGAUUUGGAUAAUUUUAAAAGUUUUGGGGUUUUAGAGAUAAAAAUUUGGAAUAAAGGGAUAUAGCUGUUAUUAGUUGAACAGCAACGUAAAUGUUGUUUUAAUGCCGUGUAUAUUAUAUAGUUUUAUUUUAUAGAGUUAGAAUUCGGUUUCAUGUGAAUCAAUUAAGAAUAUUAAUGAUGUUGUUGGGUUAUUUUUUAACAAUUCAUAAUGUUUUGGGAUUUUACAGAGAAAACAGAAAUUAAAGGGGGUGUUGUAGAAAA